CGAAUACAAUUGAUGUCACCAACACCUUUGGCAGAUAUGCAAAAUGACAGCUUCAACGAUUAAAACGUGGUUGACACGUGGAGAGUUUGAAAAGCUUGAGCAUUAUGUGCUGGAGGGCAAAGGGGCAAGACUGUUGAAUGAACACUCGCCAGAUCUGAGAACUCGAGUUUUUCUCAAGGGACUUCCAACAUACCUGUCAAAAAUUAGUCAAGCGCAUGAGGCUGUUACCAGAGGUGCUUUGGCAGAACUCCAAAAAAUUAUAGCCGAUGAGCCGAAAAAGAAACUCGCUAUCGCUAAAGACGCCGCGGGUAUUCCACUACUUCAUAAAGCCGUUUAUCACGAUCAUCAGGAUGUCGUCGAGUGGCUACUCGAUAAUUAUCCGAACACUGCUGUGCAGAAAGAUCGGGAGGGACGAACGGCGCUGCAUUUUUGCGUUGCUUGCAAGGAUCCAGAAUCCAUCUGGGAUCUGUUGAUCGAGGGCGGCUGUGACGCCAGUGUCUGCGAUAAACGCGGACAUCCAGCGGCUUAUUAUCUCGAGCACGCAUCGGAGAUUGAGUUGCCCGACGCCGAAGCUAUGGCAACUAAACCUAGUACGGCGAAGAGUGAGAGUUUAGACUUCAAGCCGUCUAACAUAAGAAUAUGGAUUCACAAUCGCGAUAUAGCGAAGUUACAGCAGGUACUUUGGGAAGGUCAUGGUUCGAAGUUAAAAUGUGAAAUCAGUAAUAAUCCGAGGGUUCGGAGGUUCCUAGAGGCUACGCCGUUUAUUAUGGGAACAAUCAAGCAAAUUCACAAUGCGGUAGUGAAAAAUGACAUCGAAGGAUUCCUAGAAAAAAUAGCAGACCCAGUGUCCCCAGUCAUCCUCUGCAGCAAGGACAUGAACGGUCUGAAUGUUCUCCACAAGGCUGCGGGCUUUGGGUACCUGGACAUUGCGCGGGAGAUCCUGGAGAGAUACCCAGCAGCAGCUCUUGCCCAAGAUAAUGACGGAAAAACCCCAUUGCAUUAUGGUGCAGCCGUGCGAGAUGGGGGAGCUAUGUAUGAACUCCUGACUGAAUAUGGAGCUGAUGAAAGUAAACUUGACAACAGAAAUAAGGCAGCGGCCUUCUACAAGAACCGUCCCGGCGACAUAGACCUCUCGAACCUCGUGGUGAUCCCGGAAGCCCCUAGAGUAUCCGGCACAAAGUACCCGAAGCACUGGGAUUGGCGUAUCCUCGACAACGACGGAAUGUCCCUCCGAGCCCUGAAGAAACUCGACGCCCAAGUGGACGUAGACAGUGCGUUCGGCAGUGCCGAGAGUGCCCUGAAGAGCGCCGAGAGCUCAGACAAUGUCUUUGGGAUGACUGAUGAGGAGGGAUUAAAGGAUGAUUUGGUAGGACAGGAUGAGCAGCCUGAUGAGAAGGAGAAUGAUGAUGCUGCGGAUGAGGGAGGUGAUGAGAAUGAAGAGACUGAGGGAGGUGAAGAAGCUGCAGCUGACGAAGAAGCUGCUCCUGAGGAAGAAGGAGACGCUGCUGCUGACGAAGAAGGAGAAGCUGCUCCUGAAGAAGGAGAAGAAGAAGCUGCUCCUGAGGAAGAAGGAGAAGAAGAGGCUGCUCCUGAAGAAGAAGCAGAAGAAGAAGCUGCUCCUGAAGAGGGAGAAGAAGAAGAAGCAGCUCCUGAAACAGAAGGAGAAGAAGAAGCUGCUCCUAACGAGGAAGAAGAAGAACCUGCACCAGACGAAGAACAAGAAGAACCGGCAGUUGAGCCAGAAGAGGCUGACGAUGACGCUGAAGUACAAGAAGGUGAACUCGACCAAGAAAACGAAGAAGAAAAGCCAGACGACGCCGACAGCGGUAACAUUGAAGAACCCGCUGACGAUGAGGCCCAAGAAGAAGAGAAGAACGAGCCAAGCACCGGUGAUUCUGGUGUUGACGAGUCUCGAUUGGAGGACGAUCAGGUUAUCGCUGGCGAGCACGAAGAAGUGCUUGAGGCUGAUUUGAACGAUGGUGACAACCUGGAUGAUCCAGAAAUUGACGAUCUCCUGGUGAAUGGUAAUAUGGAGCAACUUGCUUCGGUUGUGCUCAAUGGUGAAGGCAGACGAUUGGUUAAUCGGCAGUCCUCCAAUCCCGAGCUCCAGGCGUUCAUUGAUAAUGUGCCAUCGUACAUUGGAAAAAUUCACGCGGUUCAUAUUGCGGCGAGGGAGGGCAAUCUCAGGGAUCUUCAGAAUGCUUUGGAUCGACGCAAAUUUGCUAUCGCGAGGGAUGGGGCAUCACCGCAUGGAGCUACUCCACUUCAUGUUGCCGUUAUUUUUGGACAUACUUCGGUUAUAAGAUAUCUGGCUGGGAGAUUUCCGGAAACGACACAUGCUGUCGACAUUGACGGACGAACUCCACUGCAUUAUGCUGCCACUCUGGCGGAUAAUGGGCAUUACUACAAUCUUUUGCUGCAUCUGGGAGCGAAUCCACUGACGCUGGACAAUUUUGGCCAGAAAGCCGACUAUUACAAGGAGAAUCAAUCCGACUUAUCCCACAAACAAUUGCUCCGUGAUUUUGGUGCUCGCGAAGAGCUAGCCGACGAAAUGCUAACGGACAAAGUGGGUGACGGUGACAUAUAUUCAGCACGUCGGGACGUUAACGAAGCCGACAUCCUAUCAACCCUUGAGCGAUGUUUCCGGUUGCUGGUACCAACACGUAGGGGUUCAGUACUGAGUACAGCCUCAGCAAAUGCUGGUACAAUACUGGGUCGUUGUCUAAAACGUACCAUAUUUGACCAAAUAAAGCACCGUGUGACACGCAUGGACCACAAUCUCUUUGACAUUAUUUGGCCGUCUGUUAAAAAAUAUAGUAUCAAUCAUCCUAACGGUAGCAGCUACACAAGCGCUUCUAGCCGAAGAUCCAGCAUUCCCGAUGUUGAUGAUGACUUUGCUGCUGUCAUUGUCGCCCCCGAUUAUGAGAGUUACAUAGUCUUCGCAGAGUUAUUUGACCCUUUCAUCAGAAAUUUGCACUGCGUGACAGCUACGGGAGAUCUUCCUGAUCAGCCUCUCUCCUGUUUCUUCACGGACGUCGACUCCAAGGUUGACGACGAGACUUUGGAGGAGGUCAUGUCGACGUUGUCCACUUACGAUAUUGAUCCCACCGGGAAGUACGUGCAGGUCACGACGAUUGACGCCUGCAGGAACCUAGAGAGCUUCACGUUACCCCUGACCCUCACCAUCAAUCAGCUUGAGGAGACCGAGAGGAGGAUCACGGGGAUCCUGAUGUCUGCGGAGGUGGCGAUUAUCCUGGCGGAGGGCUCCUCCGAGGACGAGGCAGGGACCUACUACACCCUGAACGAGAUCCUGGAGAGGCCCAGUGACAUCAGGGUGAGACUCGAGGCGGCUGGACUCCUCGGGCCCAUCUUGGAGACGGAAUUGAGCGAUGAAAGGAGACUCCAUGGCAAGCACUGGCCGUACGGACGCGGUGUUUACGUGGCGUCUGCGGGGGAUGUCGCUGUCUGGGUGAAUGUUCAGGACCACAUAAGGAUCAUCUGCCGCACCCAUGAAUCCCAUCCCGGGAUGAUUGGAAAGGCGUAUGUGAGGAUCGCCAGGAUCUUGUCCAUUUUUGAUAGGAGAAUGCGAUUCAAAAAGGAUCGUAAGCUGGGUUUCCUCAGCGCUAGGCCUGCCUCCAUCGGCAACACCAUGAGGUUCUGCUGCACAGCGAAGCUAUCGGGUCUUUCCAAACAGUCUGAUAAUCUUAAGCAGGUCUGCAUCACUAGGGGGUUGAGGGUCACCGAAACCAUGCGCAGUGAUGUCUUUAAGAUUAGCAAUUUACAGUGUCUCACUAUUACGGAACUCCAGACACUCCAAGACUUUAUUCGCGCUAUUCGCAGUGUCUUGGGACUUGAGAAGGAAAUGGUGCUGACGAAUUCGUUGAAAAUAGCGACGUUGGUGACGAAUAUAUUCAGAAAACGUAAAAACUCCAUUUUCAAAGGCUGAUUCGGGGGAGUU